CCCUGAUUUCGCAUUAAUCACUAUUAAAAAUGAGCUGAGAUGAAUUAAUAUAAAGUUUUUGCAAACAAUUCUUAGUUUUAAUUUGAAUUUUCACAAGCUAACUUCUAAGUUGAACUGGAGCUUAUUUUUGGACAGCAAAAAUCAAAGAUGAAUCCACAGAGUUAUAAUCCAUUAUUACAACAAUCUGUUCCAUUUGCACAGCCAUUGAUAAACACACAAAUUACGUCACAUCAUUCUCAAAAUGUCAUUAUGCAACAAUCCAUAGCUCUUGGACCCGAUCCAAUCAUAAUGACAUGUCCAAGAUGUCAUGCAAGCAUCAAAACAGCAAUUUCUAAUGUUCCAUCGUGUGGAACUCAUUUUAUGUGCCUUUUUAUUUGCAUUCUUUCUUGUGGAUUGGGUUGCUGCAUUAUUCCUUAUUUCAUGAAGAGCUGUCAAUCGCAAAAGCAUAUUUGUCCGAAUUGCGAAUUAGCUAUUGGUGUCUAUCAAAGAUGAUAAGCAGUUAUAUAUAUUUGCUUAAAAAUGUUGGCGAUAUACUAAGUGAGAUUAUAAGCCCUAAAAAACACUUAUGUGUGUUUUCAUAUUUAAGUAAAGCAAAAAUUAUGAUUUAUACAAAAACUUUUAUGAAAUGCAGUCAUGAUAAAUAAUAGAUAAGCCUUGUUUGCACAAGAUAUCAUUCCAUUUCCUGCUAAAAAUUUGACAGGCCAAAAUUUAUGGAGUCAUCACAAAUGACACCUAUCAAAAGUUUAACUCUUAACACCCCUCCCCCCCCCCCCCCC